AUGCAGGUCCAAGGGCAUCCUGGGCAGAAUAUCCAUUGCGUCGCCUCCGCGAUGAUGCUGAGCAGUCGAGACAGUUCACACGUGCAGCGGCUACACUUUUCACAGAGAAGCAAACCCGCCGCAAUCCCAAGGCCGCCUUCGCCAGGGUCCCCCGGAGGGGCAAGAGGCCCCACCCGCGCUCCAAAGCUCGCAGGAUCACGACCCGCGUCCCCCCACCGGGGUGGCCCGGCAGCACCCGCGCUUGUGGGGCCGGGGCCAGGAGAGCCGCACGAGCCGAGGGGAGGAGGCGCGCUUGGGCCACGCUUGGGCAGCAGGAACGGAACCAGCGCCUGGGCCCAGGCCGGCAAGGCCCGGCUGCCUUCCCCGGCCCCAGCGCCUGUCCGGCCCGCGGCUGCCCUGCGCACGGGCGGGACUAGACAAGCAUCGGAGAAGCCGCCGCCAGGCCAGCCGGGAGCCCCAGCUGCUCCGCGGGCGAGGAGUUCUCUGCCCUCCGCAGGGGCGUGGGGCCGAGCGGGCAAUGGAGGGAAGCCGAGCCCGCCCCCGCCCCCCGGAUCAUGCAGCUGCAGCCGCGCUGGGCGCAGCGGGCGGGCCGAGGGAAGACCCCCGACGGCCAUCCGCGGGCGCUCCGCGACGAGGCCCCGGGGGAAGAGGCCCCGCGGCCCGCCUUUCCGCCAGGCUCACGCGGGGCUCCGGCCCAGGCGAAAGCAAGGGCCGGGGGGGGGGGGGCGCCAGGCGCCGGGAGCGUCCCGCUGGCCGGCCGAAAAGGAAGCGCGGCGGGCCGGCGGAUCCCCGCGCGAAAGCUUCGGGGGCGGCGGCUGCAUGGGGAGGGAGGGGGCGCGGCGGCGGCAGAGGCCUCGGCCGACAGCGCGGGACUCUCGCUGGGCUGAGCCGGAGGGCGCUCGGCCUCCGAUGCCGGGCUGCCCGGAGUCGCCCGCGGAGGGAGGGGAGGGGAAGGGGGGCGCGCCCGGCGGCGCGAGGAAGGCUCCCCGGGGCGGGCGGGGGCAGCGGAAGCGCGUUCCCCUCGGGGCGGGGGCUCACCUGCGCCUUCCUCCGUCGGGCUGGCGACCCCCGCCGCCCACCAAGGCCCGGCCGCCCCGCCUCUCCGCCUGCGCGACGGCCGCCGCCGCCAAUGGGCGCCCGCCUGCGCGACGGCCGCCGCCGCCAAUGGGCGGCCCCGUCGGCUCCCGCUGCCGCGUGCGGAGCGCGGAGCCGGGUGCGCGGCCUCGUGACGGGGCGGGGUUAGAACGCUGGCGGCGGGGCGGGGCGGGGCGGGGCGGGGCGGGGCGGCCAAAGCGAAGCCCAGACGGCGCUACGAGGGGGCUGAAGCCGUCCCGCCUCACGCUGCGCGGCCGCCUUUCGGAUGCCCCUCGGCGCCUCGACGGGCGGGGCGCGCCGAAGCGGCCGCCGGGUGUUCGCCGCUCCCGCCAGCUUGGGAGGGGAACGCGGGCAGCAGCAGCAGCAGCAGCGACCCCGUCGAGGCCCGCGUCCCUGGGCGCCGCUCCUCGGCGCCGCCUGUCGAGCCGAGCCAGAAGCGCCUCGUGGCCGCGCCCGCGGGAGUUCCGAGGGUCAAAGGAGCCCCGGCCUUUCCCGGCUGCGGGGCGCCGAGAUCCGCCUGCCCGUGGGGGGGGGGCUGCUGCCCCGCGCCUCCGGGCGCCUGACCGGGGGCGACUGCUGCGGCCAGAUGGCCGGUCUCCGGCGGGGCGGGGCGGGCGGGGGCGCUGCCUCCGGGCUCGCCGCCGCCCGCUCCUCCCGCGCGGCGCAGGGAUUGGCCGCGCCGGCCGCAGCAUCUGCCGCUCCCCGGAGGGGUCCCUCCGUCUUUCCCGGCUGCCUGGCGGAUGGAAGGGUCCGGGCGGGAUGAGCUCCUCGGGGAUCCAUCGCGGGCAUCUCCGCAAGUACGGAGGCUUCCUUUUUAAACAAUGGAAAGAGAAGUUCCUCUCCCUCUCGCCGGAUGGAAGCCUGCUCAUCUGCCCAAACGCAGGAGCCCCUGCUGAGCUGGGCAUCUCCCUGGGCACCAGCUGCGAUGCCAUCCUGGACGGGAGCGAGAUCUGUGACCUGCCACGCCUUCCCUUGGGUGCCCAGCGGGACAGCUGCCUGGGGCUGAGCCUCAACGAUGGGAGAUCCCUGCUCUUUCUUGCCCCCAACACCCAAGAGUGCAGGCAGUGGCUGAACAUCUUAAGAAAAGUCAAAGAGAGCUUCUCCCGGGGGUCUCCCUCCAGCUGCAAGGUCCACAUCAACUUGCCAGCGAGGAAAUGUUGCAGGAAAGGGGGAGCAGGUGCCCGAGGGAGCUGCAGGGAGUCGCCCGGCCUGAAGAGACCAGAAGCUGCCCGGACCAGCCUGCGCCAAGAACCUUGCCUCCGCCACAGCUCCCUGGCACGUGCCCGAGUGCAAGCUGCUUGCCUCUUGGUGGGGGGCGCUGCAGCCGGCCCCACAAUGGGCUACAUGGUCACCUCUGCCCACGCAGGACCGUCUACGGAGUCACACCCGCCAGACUUCAAAGAGCUAGGCUACCAUCCAGCAGCCUGCGACACGGAAUCGCAGUACGAAGCUCUGGAUUACGAGGGGAUGGACCAGGACUUUGAUGUUCUGGAGUUUGGGGGCUUUGGCUUCUAGGCCCACUCGUUGCCUGGUCCAGAUACCAGCUUUAAAGGGCUAAGGCAGAACCCUUUCUGCAGCGGGUGAAGGGGUGCCCGUUUCUUAGGGGCCUAAAAGUUGCCUCAUGCCAUGGGGCAGCCUUCUGGACCCCCAGGGUGAUCCUGAACACGUGUUUUUCUUCCCCUUUCAUUUUACUGUGCGUGUGUGGGGCGGCGGGGUGGGGGCAUCUUAACAAUGUAGUGAUGGUAGAUAGAGAAUUUGGUUCCCCUUUUGUGUGGGGAGAGCCAAGGCUGGUAUUUGUUCCUAUCGGCUAUUAUCUUGUUUCUCUCUCUCUUUGCAUUAAAGUUACUUUCUGUUGUUGUCUUUUCA